UGAAAAUGCCAUUCAAAGCUUGUCGCCAGUGGGUCGAUGUGUUUCGUAGAUCGUGAGUUCUGAGUUUUCAGUUCUGAGUCGGGCUUUCCGGAGAGUUCCUGUUAGCUGCAGGAUGUUUCCUAGAUGCUAACACAUGAGCGGGGCGGUUCAGUCAAGUGGUGCUGCUGUUGUCGUAGGCGUGCUGCCCGAAUGGUGUGGAAACAAUGAAAGAAGUUCUGUGGAUUUACAUACUAUCUGAAACUACGAUUGGUUCCGGUUUUAACGCGAAGAUGAGGUUCGGGUUUCUGCACAGGAAAACGAUGGCAACAGCUUGAAACGCUCGAGACCAACGGCUUCCACGGGCAGAUCAUGCCACCAACCGACUUCCGGAUACUACCAUGCCCAUCGAUAGAUGUCACCACUGAAUCUUUCAACUCUACCGGAAGUGCGGAAGAGUCGGUCAGCAAAGACGACCUGAAUGCCCUUCUUUACAUCGUCGUCACUCUGUUGUUCUACUCUCUGGGAAUCAUCGUCGGCAUCAUCACCUACUUAAAGCGAGAGAAGGAAGAGAUAGAAGAAGAUAAAUGUUUUGACGAAUUCCUACAGAUGAAACGCGACCCUUUCAACUUGCACAAAAUGGAAAAGGUUCAUUUAAUAGCCGUGAGGCUGCAACAGAUCGAGGAUAUUAAGAUGGCCCGCGAGGAACAGAUAAAAAAGAAACUGCAAACUGAAGUGAUUGUUGAAGAGGACAAUGAAGAGAACAGCGAGGCCUGUGUAAUCGAGGACAAUCCACAACAAGCUGUGUCUCAGGCCAGUGCUUCCAGGCCGAGGAGUCUCGGUGAGCUAGAAUGUUUUGACAAUGUGGGGAAACCACGAAAACCAAUUCUCAGACAGCAGAGUAGUGUGUUUCAGAUAACUCCCACGGGAGAACACAUUUCUUCGGUUGUGGCAAAGAUAUUUGAUAGUGAAAGACGAGAAGGACUUGACGUACCAAAUACUCAAGGUGAUACAGCGAAACACGAAAGCAUGGAAACCAGUGUUGAUGAUUGUGAUUCAGUUUCUGACAUCAGAUUUGCAGAUUUGAGUGAUUCGGAUGAGAACAGUGAAAGAUCUCCAGUCUUUACUCAGGGAAGAUGUAUUGUUACCAAUGUUUGAUUGGAAUUAAUAGCUUGAAAAAUA